CCGACAGACACAAACCCGUAAAAACACAGGGACCUCCCCCACGGCCAUCGCGCCGAUCUCCACGCGCGUCAAUCCCCAAUGGCCGUCGACACCGCCACCACCGCGCCUUCCCAACCGGAAGGCGGCGACGGCGCCGGCGAGGCCGUGCGGCCCCUCCUCUCUGGCGCGCCCGCCAUUGAGGAGGAUGAGGACCUGGACGUCAGAUACGCGCCGUACGCGCGCCGGGACGCGUACGGGCCGAUGGGCCGCGGGCCGCUCCCCGCGGCGCAGGUGGCGCGUCUAAUGUUCGCGGCCGCCGUGCUCCUCCCGCUCCGUCUCAUUGCCGGGAUGCUCCUGGUCGUCGCCUACUACCUCGUGUGCCGCGUGUUCACGCUCUUCGCCGACGUUGGGGAAGAGGGCCGUCCCCGAUUACAUGGGUGGAGGAGGGAGGCAUGUCUGGGUGCUGGCCGUGCAUUGUCGCGGGCGAUGCUCUUCGUCUUCGGCUUCUACUGGAUCCCGGUGUGCGAUCGAAGCCUCCCCAAUGCAGAGGAUGUACCUGAAAAUCAGUCUGAAGAACUGGAAAGACCAGGAGCGAUUGUGUCUAAUCACGUGUCAUAUGUGGACAUUCUCUAUCACAUGUCAGCUUCUUCUCCGAGUUUUGUUGCUAAGAACUCCGUGUCCAAGUUGCCGUUGAUUGGUCUCAUAAGCAAAUGCCUCAGGUGCAUUUUUGUUCAACGAGAAUCCAAAGGAUCAGAUUCUAGAGGCGUCUCAGGUGAUGUAACUGAAAGGGUCCAAGAGGUUUCUCAGUACAAGAAUUCCCCUAUGGUGUUACUCUUUCCUGAGGGUACUACUACUAAUGGAGAUUACCUUCUGCCGUUUAAAACUGGAGCAUUCCUUGCAAAAGCACCAGUUCAACCUGUCAUUUUGAGAUAUCCUUACAGUAGAUUUAGUCCAGCCUGGGACUCCAUGGACGGGAAGCGUCAUGUGUUUUUCCUCCUUUGUCAAUUUGCAAAUUACAUGGAGGUGGUUCGCUUGCCUGUAUACUAUCCUUCUGAACAAGAAAAGGAGGAUCCCAGAAUCUAUGCCAACAAUGUCAGAAAAAUGCUAGCAACUGAGGGUAAUUUAGUUCUUUCUAAUCUUGGGCUGGCGGAAAAGAGGAUGUAUCAUGCGGCACUUAAUGGUAAUAGUCCUCGUGCUCUGCAUCAGAAAGAUGAUUGAAAGCCCUUGCAUCACUGUUUGUAUACUGACAGUUGAGGUUAUUGUAACAAUGUAUGCCCACUUUAGCUGAUCAUGCGUUGCAUGGUUUUUCUGUUUGAGGAGUAUGUUUAUUGAUAAAUAUCUUCUUUAUACCUAUUUUGAGAUGAUUUCCCCCCUCAUGCUACAUUGUAUAAAAACCAUUAAACAUUAUAGUUCAAUAACAAUGUCUGGCGUAAUUGUGGUGCUUGUCAUUCACAGUUCAUGCUGUUUCACUUA